AUGGAAGUCGCGGGUCAGUGGCGGCGGGAGUGGGCUGGAACGGCAGAAUAUGGAAAAGUCACAGAAGGCGGCGUGACCAAACGUGUGGCGCGCGCUAUGGAGGUGCUACAAGCGAGCGGGCCGGGUGCUCGAGUGCGAGUAUUGCGGGCGGCGUAUCACGCUACCGCAGGGCCGGGGGAGCCAGCAUCUUCGUACAUGAUUCAGUCCUCACGCAGGGUGAUAUCUUCAGGGUAUAACUUCCUUGAACCUACAUCUUUACCGUCAAAACCUUUAGAAAUAUCUUCCGUGCCCUUGGAAAUUACCGACUCAAACGUUGACAACCAAGACUAUAAAGUGACUGAACCAGAUGAUUUAGACAUAUCGCAGCCAUCAAAAUGGCGAAGUGUCAGCAGUAGCAAUUCAAUACGACUGCCCAGCGAAGAAUCUUCAUCAACUGACAAUGCGAGUAUUAUUGAUCUCGAUUCAAGAACAUAUCCAAAAAACUCAUAUAAAAAGCAAGUAAUUGAAAACAGUCAUCACCAAUCAGAAAGUUUUAAACCAGGUAACCCUAAAAAUAAUCGGGUUUCACCUUUAUUAGAUGCACCAGUAACAUUAAGCACCCUUAAAUACAAAUCUCUCUUAAAUGGAAAUGAUGACUGGAAUAAUAGACGAAAAAGUUACAGUUUUGAAGACACAGCACCUUUAAGCAAAAUUAUUUUAGAAAGAAAUGACAGAUUUGCAAUGGAAUCCUCAACCGAUAGCGGUAUUUGCAAAUCAUCUGAAAUUGUUAAUGAUACAGAUAAUACACGAUAUUAUAAGUCAAAGGAAAGAAAGUCGCAAGCACCCGAGGAGACAUUUAAGGAUUGGCUUACUAAAAAUAGGCUAAACACUUCAGUAGGUAGUCAUUCUACAAAGCCUUUGAAGGAACAUAGUAUUACGCCAGAACGACUAUCCGAAAAUAAUAUAACUCUGCAAUCUCCAGGCAGGAUGUGUAUAACACUUCCAGUAACUAUUGAAACAGAUGACGACGAUAAAUGCAGAAAAAAUCAAAUUAGUAACGAAGCAGAUAAAAAAUCCAAAAAGGUUGAAUUUUGUAAAACCGAACUACACUUCACGACAGAAACAGGAACUGUUAACAUAAUAGCAACAGAUGAAAAACCGCCGCCAACGAAUGAUUUCAGGAGGCGGAGGAGUGCAUUUGUUCCUAUCAGUGACAGAUUUGAAAAGCCUGUGAUGCUUUUUGGAGAAAAAACCGAUUUCAACGAAAAAAACAAAACCGAAUGUUUUUUAAAUUCCAGCACUUCCGAGAUUGGUGAAUCCGAUGAGAAUACAGCAGCUACAAAAAGUAUUCUCAAAAAUAAGAUCCCGAAACCCAAGCCAUAUCUCUUAGGAGAGAACAUGACACUUGGGAAUGAUGAUAAUUUAAUAAAUAAAAGUGAUAAGGAUUUUGUGAAUGACCAAAACGUAACAGGAGUUUCUCUUAUUAACACUCAGCUUGAAGCAGACAGAAAAUUUAUCAGUGGAAUAAAAUCUCACUACCCAACUAAACUUCAUUCAAGCGCUUUAACGCAUAACUCUUACAGAACCAGCAAUGAAGGUUCUUUUAGACAAAGAAGCUCUAUGAACAAUAAAUAUAUAACGCCAGAAAAAAGUAAUGAAUUAAAUUCGGAACUUGAAAACAUAGAAAGUAAUUCUACGAACUCUUUUAAAAGAAAAUUGCAAAUAUUACAGACUUCUCCAAUUCUAGUAAGGUCUAAUACAAGACAACUAAAAGAGAGUGAUCUCAUGUAUUUUGGAAUAGAAAAAAGUCCGGAAUUAAUGUCGAAACAUCCACAGGAUGACAAAUUACAUGACAAAAAUCGUGUGCAAGAAGAGAUUUUUGAAUCGGUCAGAUUAGUACAAAAAGUUUCAAAUAGUGUUUGCAGUAGUGAAAUAGAAUCAGAUGAAGCUCCAGAGUAUGUAAACCUAGUUUCAAAAGUAAAUUACACUCCGAUUCCAGCACCGAGAUUACGGAUUAAGUAUAGUGAGAAAAACAGAGAAACAAAGAUAUCGGGAAAUUUAAAUUCUAUAACAGAACAAGAAAAAGAAGGCAAUAUUUCUGAAUCACAACGGAGGAGUAGGUUAAGAAGGCAAGAUUUGUCAUACUCCUCAGAUCGUAGUAUAUCAGAGCCACCAAAGAUAUAUAGAGCACGAUACAAGGAACAAGACUCUUGUCGAAAGAAUACUUCAAAUAAUUCUACACCACUUCGAACAAAAAGUGGAAAAUCAGAUACGAAUAGAGAUUUAAAAAGUGAAUCAGACCGCAUAACAAAAUCUAAAGAUAGCACAUUGUUAUACGUAAAUCUAAGAGGAAAGGAAGUAAAUGAUUUAGAAAGCCGUUGUUCGCAUUAUAAUACAGACUCAAAACGAAAUCCACUCACGGAAAAGGACACAAGUUUGCAAACAAAAGAACGCAACACAGGACGUACUAAAGCUCAGAAGAAUAGUAAAAAUGAUGAAGAUAGUAGCAGAAAAUAUGUACGUCGAUCAGACUCAUUAAACACCGAUAGCAACGAUAAUACAUCGAAGUCUCAUACUAAAAGUAGAAUACAAAGAACAGAGAAACUUGUAACACCUGAACUUUCUCAUACUAGGAGUCGAAGAAUUGAAAACGAAAAAUUGAAAGACGGUAGCAACAAAAUAACAAGCGAACAUAAAGAAAAAGAUAACCGUAUACGAUCUAUAUGUCGACAUACAACUACUGAUGGUAUUAACGCGUUGAAAGAAGCUAAAACAUUGAAAGAGGAGCCAAAACGUGAAAAAAUUAGUAGAGAUCUUGAAGAAAAAUAUACACAUCCACAGAUAAAUAUUACCAAUUUGAGUAUAGAUUCACGGAAAUCCCACCCUGACUUAGAUUUAACUUCUUCAUCGAGAAUCAAGCAAAAUAAACCUGACAAAAAAUAUGAUUCAAAUAAAUCAAAAAGAAGCAAGUAUGUGAUAAAUUAUGACGAUAAAAAUGGAACAGUGUCUUCGGUUCGUAAAAUAAAACCACAUAAACACGUAUCUGACCAUAAAAAUUAUUCCAAUAAAGAUAAUAAAGAAAAUUCUAUUGAACAAAAGGUCAGAAUUAAACAAUUAAAUAAAAUUGCCCUACAGAAGUUUUCUCCAGAUGAACAGAAAUAUCAAUGCGGAAAGGAUUACAAGGAUAGGGCAAGCAAACCAAAAGCACAUAACGUAAAAAGAUCUUGCCUACUGCAAUAA